AUGGCGAUCGAUGCGAAUAUUCCAUAUCCGGAUACGGAUGAGCUGGCGCAGACGGAGAAGGGGUUCUAUCAGAUGAGGAUACCUGUGUCACAUUGGCAAUUACGACACUACAUCUCCACGCCGGAGCAAGACCACCUCUACUACGCCAGCGCACACGACAUCUUCUGCCUCAACACCGUUACAAAGAAGAGAAAGCACAUCGCCACACUGCCCUUUGAAGCGCGGUGCACGGCUUCAGGGUAUGGAUACGUCUGUGUGGGUGGAGAAGAGGAGGGCCAUUUCGCCACAAUCAAGCUCGACGGGAGCGGACAACGGACACUGGAUGUCGACUCUGCUCUGCCCAUUGAUGGCUGGCGACCACAGCAUGCGAGCCUCACUCUCGGGCGACGAGCACCCACGGUCAAGGUGGAAAGGAUUGGCGAGGAAAUAGUAAACUCGAUUUCGAUCCACCGCAUCCAGGAUGAAGAGGCGCAUUUGGACGACAUCGUGGCCGUCUUGACGAAUAAUGACAAGACGGUGCGAGUGUACAGUCUGCCGCUGGGACAAGAGACGAGGGUGAAGGAUCUGCCUUUUGCGAUCAACCAUGCGACCAUCUCGCCGGACGGGACGGUGAUGGUUGCAGUGGGAGACUACAACCAGGCAUACUUCUUUACCAGGGAUAUUGUGGACACACCGCCGCAGAUUCCAAAGCCGCAUAAUCGACUCACGAGCGCGAGUGUGGAUUGGCGGUUGACGAAUGUGGUGACGCUCCAUGUGAGCAGUCCGGAUGCGACAGUGGGCUAUUUCACCAGUGCGUGGUCACCGAGUGGGACGCUGGUUGCAGUUGGUUCAGAAGGUGGAUACAUUACAGUCAUUGAUGCAGAGAUACUGGCGGAUCCGGAGUACGAGGACGACGAGGCGAUUGUUGCAGUCGUGCCUGGCUCUCGAGCGGACUUUCCUUCUCCACACCCAGGCGCGAUACGAAGUAUGGUGUUUUCGCCAGAGCCGUGGGACUUGCUUGUGUGGGCGGAAGACCAGGGGCGAAUAUGCAUUGGGGACUUGAGGACAGGGUUGAAGAGCAAGCAGACGAUCAACUUGGAGCCGAAAGAGGAGACUUUGACGAAGCUGGCAUUCGAGGAUAUACCGUCUGAAGAGCCAACACAUUUGGACGAUCUUGAGGCAGAGCUGCUUAGGAGGUACAGGAAUGUGCCAGAGAAUACAUCGGCGGUCAACUUCGCUACUGAGUACAUCGAGGCCAGGAGGAGGCAGAGACAGCAGAGGCAAGACCUGGCACACGGGAGGUCACAGACAGGCACACCGGCGUCGAGACAAACGCCUGAUGGUGACGAUCCGCAAGGGCUAACGUCUCGAGAGCAGCAGAUUCUUGAGGCACUGAGGACGUCGCGGCAGAGGGAAGAGGCACGAGCUGGUGGACAGAUACCGCGAUCGGUGAACUACACGACACCGGAUAUGUUCAAUCAUAGGUCGUCAGCUUCUCCCUCGAAUGCGGACUCUGGUAGACCUAUCAGUGAGAUUUUGAGCUCAGUGCAGGAGUCGUUGCCCGAGCUUUCGAGGAUACACGCUGCGAGCCCUCGGCCGUCUUCUUCGCAUGCGACUGAAUCGAACGACUUGCCGCCGCUGCACGCCCUACAAGACGGCAUUUGGGGAUCAUCUGCGAGAUCUGGACUACCGCGGAUAGGAGAGACUUCUCGACUACCACGACGGAGACAGUCUGUUGUGUUGAACCCACCAGUCUCUAACAGUGGUUCGUCUGCUUCAGCCGGCAACGGAAAUGGAGCCAACAGAGGCCAGUUUUCAACACCCGGUGCCACCUCAGCAGAAGUCGACGAUGAGAACCCAUGGAGGAGCGUGGAAGAGCAGAUGUCGGUAGGGCGUGGCCCUCUCUUCGAAAGCGCUGCUCGAGCACAAGCAGGUUCACCACUACCUGCGUCUGAUCGUGUCAGUCCCGACAGCCUCCAACAAGAACUCGAUGCCCAGCGUCGCAUAGCGCUGGCCCAAUCUCGAGCCCGUGACCGAUGGCGAACGAAUCGCCUUGCCAGCAACGGAGCAUCGUCAUCAGCCGUCGAACGCGAAGCCCUCACACUCGCACAAGCACGACGAAUAGCCAACUUCCCUGAAGGAUACGAGGCACUACGUAUGAGAUCCGGGGUGAGGGGUUACAGUGGACGUGAGAUUGGCGUUAGAACUGCUGGUCUGGCCAUGAGUCCCGAUGGAGCGAUGCUAUGGGCAGCGUGUGAGGCAGGCAUUUUUGAAAUCAAUAUGAGGAGAAAGGGGAGGAUGUUUUAUGCUGCGCUGGAGCCGCGAUGA